AUGGCUGCAACCUCCACCUUGCCGAUCACGCCGGUCCAGAUAAAUGGCGGCGGCAACACGCCCAACGGCAAUGCCAACGGCGUCCCCACCACCAACGUGAACCCUGCUGGCAAUGCGCCCCCUGGCCAGAACGUGCGCCGCCUCAGCGCCAUCACUAAGUUGAACGGAGGCGGCAACACUCCCAGCGGCAACGCCAACGGUGUUCCCUCCGUCAACCCUGCCGGCAACCAGCCCCCUGAAAUCACGCCGGUCCCGGUGAACGGGGGCGGCAACACCCCCAACGGCAACGCCAACGGCGUGCCCACCCAAAACCAAAACCCGGCUGGCAAUGCGCCCCCUGCCAUCACCACCACCCAGGUGAACGGGGGUGGCAACACGCCCAACGGCAACGCCAACGGCGUCCCUACCGUCAGCGUGAACCCGGCUGGCAACCAGCCCCCAGGCCAGAACAUGCGUCGCCUCAGUGCCAUCUCAAAGGUGAACGGCGGUGGCCACACUCCCAACGGCAACGCCAAUGGCAUCCCCGCCACAAACCCCGCCGGCCACGCGCCCCCCGGCCAGAACAUGCGCCGUCUCAGUGCCAUCACGCGCUUCAAGGAGAAUGGGGGUGGCAACACCCCCAACGGCAACGCCAACGGCGUCCCGACCGUCGCAGAGAACCCUGCCGGCAAGCGCCCCCCAGGCCAGCAGCCUUGA